CAACAUCGUUUGAAUAUACUACAAGCUGUGAAUCCUGUGAGAACAUACCUGUAUGACCCGCGCCGCCACGAGGCUGGCUGUUACAAACGAAAACAACUUGUUUUGUCCGAAACACCUGGUCGCACAUGCGUAGCUCUGGAGUCAUCAAAAGGAGAUAUAACCAGGCCGGGUUACCAGUUUUCUGUUUGUAUGAUCACAGUCAAGUCUGAAUCCAUCUCUCAGCUUGAAAAAUAAGAUUUGGAAGGCCAUGUCCCAGUCACGCCGAGAGGCACGUCGCGAAGCACGUCGAGCAGAGUCUCCACCAAACCCUCGAGACCGUCGUCGUCGUCGAUUAAAUUCUACACCUGACCAGACACGUCCGACUGGACCUGUUUUCUCUUGGCUUGAUCAACAAGAAUUUACUCGGCCGACUCUGCCUGCGCAAACAACAAAUUCUGUUUCACAACUCCCUCGUUUUCAGACAUUACUGCACAACAUCAAUCAGUUCCAUAAUUCGAACUCAGGCAUUGGUCAAACAGCGAGUCACAGUCUUUUCAGCAUGCAAGAUCAAGACACGUUGAUGGAGGGUCAGACUGCUGGCCCGUCUUCGACCUACCAUCCAUCAGCCGUUGUUGAUCCCGAUGACCAGCCACUCUCUAUCCUUCAUCAUGGCCGUUCACUGAACUCUCGCCGUGAUGGACCCCUCUUGGCUCUCGAUCAGAUCGUCUCCAAGGAUCAACCUGUAUCUGCAGGCGCCGAGCUACCGAGUCCGUACGCCAUAGCUGACAGUGAUGAUGUUCAAUCCGACAGCACCGAAGACUCAUACCAGGGCUAUCCUUCUACCUUGGUCUCAUUGGGUCACUCGUCGAGCGCACGCAAUGCUUCCCGCUCUGGGCCACAGAUCUUCUACAGCACUCCCAGAAACAUGCAGCUGACCUUCAACGGGUGGGGCGAGGAGAGAGAGGGGGAGACUGACCGACCAGCAAAGCGCUCAGCAUGUCCCGAGAGUCCUACCAUCCUUCUCCCCUACCAAAUGGAUCGCAACACCCCUCACCCCGCCUUGCGUUUCUUGCCAUUCAUUCCAGUGUCAGAGAAGAAGAACAGCAAGAACAAGAACAAGCGUUUCAUGAUCCAGCCCUCACACAAGCAACGUAUCGAUGCUACUCAGCUCACAGCAAGAAGAGCCCAAUGGGUGCCUGGAAAGCUGCCUGUCGAACUCUUCGAACUCGUUACUCAGCACCUUUCUCGCGAUGACAUCAAGUCAAUGCGUCUGGUCAACAAGGAGUUUGAGCUCGGCGUAUCUCACUCUUUGUUCGACACCGUCGUGGUACCAUUCAACACAGAGCUGUACGAGAUGAUCGAGCAGAAGGUCGUCAAGCGCGACCUCAAGGGCAAGCGCAGAGCUGAUGAUCCCGUCAACAACUUCAUUGAUCUAGAGCCCGGCUCACUGCUCUGGAAGAACGCUUUGGCUGACACGGAAGACAAGGUCUAUCGCGGUCACGGACUCAAGGUCUUCGAAGGCUUCGGCGGUCAUAUUCGGCGUUUUGGUAUGAGCUUCGAGAUCAAGGAAGAAGCACUUCAGAACCCACCUCAGAAGAACCAACUUGACCGCCAUGAGAGCUACUUCGGUUGGUACGAGUGGCCAUCACAAGAAUACACACGCUACGAACAGCUUGCCGGGCUCGAACGUACAGCAGAUGAGACGUCUCAAAUGAAGUUGGCAUUCUCACACUUGUCAAAAGUCCAGCAGCUCGCGUUGUCCAUGGACAGCGGUCUCGGUUGGAUGACUGGUCCUGACAAGUCUCUGCGCAGUCUGAUCCUGCAGCGACCUUCACCUCUCUUCGGUUGUUCGCACGGCAUAGUAGACGCGCAACAACAGGAGCGCAUCAGAUUGUGGGAGUCCCUCGAAACUGCCCAUGACAGACUAGACGCUUUAGAGGACUUGAAGGAAGGCCACCUCGAGCGUGUGAACAUGGAGGACAACUUCUUCCACCGACUCCCUUUCUCAACCACCCCUUAUGCCAGUCCCGCCUUGUGGGCUACUGCUCCUGCCGACGCGGUCGCCAUCUCAGCCGCCGGUAUUCUCGACGGUGACGAUCACGAAGUCCCUGAGACUGGAGUUCUCUACGUCACUGCUUCUGAUGCUCAUGAUCACUCGUCUAGCUCAGUUGACGCCCAGAGAUCGGAAAUGGUCAGAAAGAUUGACAAGUUCAACCCGAAUGGCUUGGGUAACCACCAAAAGGAGUGGCUCUUGGAGGCCGAGUGGGCUCAGAGAGCUUUCCUCACGACAUACAUGCUCGGCGUCGUUGACAAUAGUCCUGUUUUCGAUAAUGUCUCUGUGCUCAACUUCCGCAUCUCUAGCCACCUCGCACCUUUGCUUUCUCGUCACGACUUUUGGACCUCUCUUCCCAAGUUGCAGGAAGUCACGCUAGCUGUCAUUCCUGACUGGCGCACAGUUGAGAGAGAUGAUGCUGGUGUCGUUGAGACAAAGGAUGUUGACCCAUCUCUCGCCGCUGAGAAGACCUACGCUUUACUCCAGGACUUCAUCGGUGUUCGACCCAACAUCACCAAGCUGAGCUUCUCCUGGGCUGCUGGCGGCGAGCACGCCGAGGGUAUCUUCGCCCGCAAUCAUCAUAUCUUGCCUGCUCCCAUCACAAGCGUUGCUCGCUCUACAACCAUCAUGCAGAAUGAUGAUCACCUGAUCAAUUUGCCGCACAUCAAGGACCUCACCUUUUCCAACUGUUGGUUCACGCCCAUCUCCAUUGUCGCCAUGGUCAAGAAAUUGCGCAGGGAAUCCCUCAGGAAGAUCAAAUUUGACUCAGUCUCACUCACUGCCAUGCCACGCCCAAACACCAACGCAGCCGGCGGGCCCGGAAACCCUUUCAUGAUUGCGAACGCUGGAAACAACCAAGCUCCCGCACCUCCGGCUCCAGUCGGUGGCAAUGUUGCCGCCCUGUUCGGUGCUCAAGUAUGGCAAGGUCCGCCGACCGGUACUCCCGUUCAGCAAUGGGCUCAGACUAUGUUGCAGAACAUGAAUUUGCUGACACAACAUGGAAUUGUACUACAGCAGAUUCCCCAAGUCAUGAUCAACCAUCCCAUGGGAAUGACAAUGCAGCAGAUCAUGGGUAUGUUGACUGUACUCUCUACUGGAAAUGGCCAAGGCACACACCCCAUGGCCCAGCCCGGAACGCUUUAUCAACAGCCUCAGCAGCAAGGCGGCGCCGCGCAAUCUCUGGCCAUCCCGGCAGUGCCUGCUGCACCACCACCACCUGUUGGUUGGCCUAUGCCUCCUCAGCCCGGACUCCAAGCCCCACCACCACCUGCCAACACACUCUGGUAUGAAGGACACCGCUCAGGCUCAUGGGUCAAGGUGAUCGAUAAGAUAAGCCCAGGACCUACACUCGAGAUGUACCAGCCUCGCGAUGAGUUUGAGCCGGAGCCCGAGAGACGCAAGAAGGGCCUGGCGUCGCUUGAGUUCAAUUCUUGCGGCUACGUACAGCUUCGCUCGACGACCUUCGACCAGAACAAUGUCGAGGCACCUAUUCCACACCGCAUGAGCCGCCACUUCACACGCCGCCAGACACUCCUCUCAUCAGCCAUGCUCUCUACCACGGACAAGCUUGUUGGAACGAUUGUACAGUACAUGUCUGAGCAUGAGUCGGAUGCUCUCCACCACGCAUGGGGCAUGCGCAUGGGCUGGGAUGACGCAAAGCUCGCCGAAGAGGCCGAGUACGACGGCUACCUCGCCGGAGGUACUGGUCGCUUCUCAGGUGGUGUAACCAAGGAUACACCGAUUCAAGAGGCUUAUGCCGCCGGACAUGCUUGAGCAACUUCACGAUUUUCAUGAGGUUACCAUUGGGCAGGUGUUGGUUUCUGAGAUUUUGUUGACGAUUACCAUGAAUUGUUUUUUUUUGUUUCUUGUUUCUUGGACGCUUUUCUCAUCACUGCGAGUCGAAAGGCGAAAAGAACGAAGGGAACGAAGCCGACAGUGAAGGCUGAUACUGAAAAUGUGCAAAGAGGAGUUUUACGGCGUACGAUUGAGAGAACAGCCUCAGGAACAGGCAGGCAGGAUGAAGUAUGAAGACGAAGAAAAUGGCGAAAACAGAAUAGAGACCUAAUGAAAAUGUAGCGAGUACUGUAAACCACUGGGUGCACAAGAUAGCGGUGAUAUUGAAAAAGGUAGAAAUGGUUGCGACGGCGCGUUGACGGA